AGAAUGCGAAUGAGAACUCGCGGGUGAUGGGAUUCCCCCGCACUUUGCCCCGCAAGGCCCCGCAUCGCAUACGCAACGCGAUCCCCUCUCCGAGUCUCCGCUACUCUGGAACACAGACGAGGCUGGUGGGUUUCGAAAUUAGCAGAGGGCCCAAACCCGCUUGAGGGAUGUGGCAAGCGCUACCGGACCGGCACCUGACGAUCCCGACGUGUCUCUCCCACAGCAGGUGACAACCGAGCGGCGAGAACAAAUCGAGGCAGCGAACUUGACAAUGACACUUGGCCUGGGGCGUGGCCAUGGACCGAUCAGUCCCGUGUACACAUCCCAGAUCCCGGUAUCCUCCGUGAAGAUGCAACGAGGUCUCCAGACGUCUCUACAUAAACCCACAUCAAGCCAGCCAUGUCCGGCGCUCUCUAAGGGCUACCACUUCCCCUCCAACCGUCGGUCGUCCUCCUCUAACACGUCCUGAAGCCAAGAUGAUGUCCGUUAUGCCCCAGCCCGCUCACCAGCCUGCUCUCAGCUCUCCCGAUCAUCUGCCUCUCCACGUCGACAACCACGAACCGCAGGAUGUGGAGCUCAACGAGCUCGGUGAUCUUCAAGAUGCCCUCGAGCCGUUUGCCCAAUUGAUCCGCAAGUCCGGUCAUUCCGUGCGGUUGCACUGCACCAUUCCGACCGCAUGUCCGUCGUCGUCUUGUUAUGACCUGUAUGACUUGCACGAUCUUCGCACACGUUCCCUCCUAUUUGUCCACAACCUUGUCGAGACGCUCAGGGCCUCUGGGAUCCCUGCGUCAUAUAGGUUACAGCCCUCCAAUUGUCACCUCUGCCUCAUCUGCGCACUGCCCACGGGGCUUGACGCAGGUCGCAUGAAAGCAGCGGCAGUGGCAGCCGUUGAAAAAGCUCACUUUGAAUGCCGCGAGAAAGCCUUACUCGCUGAUCUUCAGGACGGACUUGCUCUCAUCAUCACAUAGUAUUGUAGCAUUCAGCAACGGUUCUUCCCGUCUCCUGGGUCGUGGUUCCUUAUUACCGGAUGUAUCAUUACCGUUCCUGCUGCAUGUCAUCCUGGUCUCUUACUGUGGAAUAUCUUUAUGGUACCUCUGUCGCUUUCAAUGAUAUGUUUUCUUGCACCUGCUCGUGGAGUGGUCGAGUAAAUACCAAUAGACCUUCUACUGCGAUGCACUUCUACACGCCAAAGUUGGGAC